UGCCUCCUGUCCGCAGAGUUAUGUCCCCACCGUGUUUGAGAACUACACAGCCAGCUUUGAGAUCGACAAGCGCCGCAUAGAGCUCAACAUGUGGGAUACUUCAGGUUCCUCCUAUUAUGACAAUGUCCGACCAUUGGCCUACCCAGACUCUGAUGCUGUCCUGAUCUGCUUCGAUAUCAGCAGGCCUGAGACCCUUGACAGUGUGCUCAAGAAGUGGCAAGGGGAGACGCAGGAGUUCUGCCCCAAUGCUAAAGUUGUUCUGGUGGGUUGUAAAUUGGACAUGAGGACAGACCUGGCCACCCUGAGGGAGCUCUCCAAACAGCGGCUCAUCCCUGUCACACAUGAGCAGGGUAGUGUCCUGGCCCGGCAGGUGGGCGCCGUGUCCUACGUCGAGUGCUCGUCCCGGUCGUCCGAACGCAGCGUCCGAGACGUCUUCCACGUGGCCACAGUGGCCUCCCUCGGCCGCGGCCACCGGCAGCUGCGCCGCAGCGAUUCCAGGAGAGGCUUACAGAGGUCAGCACAGAGAUCGGCCCAGCUGCCCGGGAGGUCAGACAAGGGGGCCGAGGCCGAGAUCCGAAAGGACCGAGCCAAGAGCUGCAGCGUCAUGUGAGGGGCUCAGCCGGCCGAGCCUUCAGGGAGGGCCGGGCAGGGGGUCAGCCUCACCCACCACGACCCCCCUUCCAGG